CGUGCGUGCAUGACCGAUUUCAGUCUGUUCAGAAGUGACGACGUGGAUAGCUGGCUAGAUGUGACUGAGCCAGGGAAAACAUUGGAUGGAUACCGCUCACAGACGACUGGUAACGUUGCAAAGAAAGACACAGAAUUGGAUGAAGAACUGAGAAGAAAAGUUGAAUCCAAACUUAAGUGGUGGAGGCCUGAUCUGACUCUGCCUCUAACCCCUCCCACUGCCAGAUUUGUGAGCCUUUGUUUGCAUCCUGCCUGAGAGCCAGAAGACAAGGAGGAACAUUUCUACACUAGAAGUCAAAGUCUCCAUUUAGGGAACUAGUUCAAACUGAAUAUCUGGAAAAUACACUUUUUUUUUACUUGAAGAGCUAUACACUGGGACACUUAAUCAUCUGUGACCUACUUACUGUACCUUUUGGAAUUGUGGAGUACAACAUGGCCAAGAGAAACAGCCAGAAGGAUACCUCUGGUAUGGUGUUCGACACUAACUUGAAAAUGGUUAUGUCCCAGGGAGGGACAUUUGACAGAAUGAAGGAGAAGAUUAGCGCUGUCAGGGCUGUUGUUCCCAACAAAAGCAACAAUGAAAUAGUUUUGGUGUUGCAGCACUUUGAGAACUGCGUUGAUAAGGCCGUCCAGGCUUUCUUAGAAGGUAGUGCCAUUGAAAUCUUGAAGGAAUGGAAUGUAACCGGUAAAAAGAAGCCCAAGAAGAAAAAGAAGCCAAAGCCCCAGCCAGAGCCUUCGGCAGAGGAGCCUGCCCCAGCCGAGACCACGCAGCCCUUGGAGUCUGACAGUAAGGAAGCAGUGAAUGGUUUCCAUGCCAAUGGCUCUGCGUUGGAUGGAGACUCAAUAGACUCUCUGAGUGAGCAGUUGGAUUCUGCCUCACUGGAUGCAGCUGAACUAGAUUCUGAGCCUGUUACUUCAGACAUCACAGGUGCAGAACCAGACACGUUUUGUAGUGGCCCAAGCACCACCCCUCAUCAUGCUCUGGGUGGAAGGAAUCACCAGCCUCCCAGGGGCAACAAGUUCCGUCCAAGAACCAACUCCCAGCAAUCAUCCACUUCCUCUGUGCUCACAACUGAUGAGAGCCAACAGGGAUCGUCUGGGGCCAAGAAGAUUGCACCCAACAUUGACCGUUCGGUGAAGGACCUGCAGAGAUGUACUGUGUCGCUUACUCGCUAUAGAGUGGUGGUCAAAGAUGAGAUGGAUUCCUCUAUCAAGACCAUGAAGCAGACCUUUGCUGAGCUCCAGAGCUGCUUAAUGGACAGAGAGGUUACUCUGUUGACAGAGAUGGAUAAAGUCAAAGCAGAGGCUAUGGCCAUUUUGGAUGGCCGUCAAAAGAGAGCAGAAGAGCUCCGCAGGCUAACUGACAAAUCAGGAUCCAUGUCUGAGGACCAACUGAGUGAGCUGCGUGCUGACAUUAAGCACUUUGUGAGUGAACGUAAAUACGAUGAAGACCUGGGAAAAGCUGUGAAGUUCACUUUCGAUCUGGAACCUCUUAAGACCAGCAUUACAGGAUUUGGAUCAGUGUACCACCCUCAGACGGGCUACUCAAGCCGCUCCCGCUGUAGCUCCACCUCGUCCUCCGUCACUGGCCUGGGAUCCCUAGAAAACCCUCCCCCUCAGCACCAGGGCUCCGGCUAUGAAGGACGUCAGCCCAACAAAACGACUUUCCAAGGCAACAGGCGGUACACGGCAGGCCCAGGGUACCAUUCUGGCGGGCAGAGGUUUAACGGCAGCUCCUAUCGGGACAGGAACCCUAAUCGCGGUGGCUACCGCUCCCAAGGUUACCAAGGCCCCCAGGGUAACCAGGCUCAAGCCGAUGGGCCUGGCCAUCCUACCACUGCUCCCAUGCAGUCCUCCAGCUUCACCUCCACUCCAUCCUCCUCUUACCGUCAAGACCACCCUUCUCAUAACGGUCUGCCCCAAAGGCCUCCGCGGACACACUGCCCUUGACACCGGACGUCCCUGGCUUAAUACCCCCUACUAAUCCUGGCUCCCCACCCUCGACACCUUAUACCCUUUCCCCAUCACUAACUCCUUUCGAUGAAGAAUAGAAUACAAGUUUACAUAUUUUUGUCAAAUGAGCUGUAGUGCCACCCAUAGGCAAAUCUGUUCAUCCUCCAAACUUGAAAAUUUAGCUACCCAUAUUCUACCAUUUUCUCUAUCCUUUGGAAUUAGUUGUCAACACCUUUAUGUUCAUGCCUGUUGAUCUAGCAGCUAGGAGGUCCCCAUGUGUGAGUCUGAUUUGUUUGCUACUUCAGAGGCCAGUGUUAUCUGAUGAGUUCUGUGUGGAGGCUGAUAUGAUUUAAAUGCAUUUUGUGUACUGCUUAAGGGCAUCCAUGUUUAAAAUUCUUAAGCUGUAGUCUUAUUUCAUAGCCUUUCUCUGCUAAGAUUUUAUAGUUUUUGUUCUCAAGCAACCAUUUCAUUUUAUUUUGCUUUUCAUUUUAUUUUGCUAGUUCCAUACGUUAGACAAUACAUGGCAAGCUUACAGGUGCCAUUAGUAUGUAUAGGAGGCUGUCAUCUGUGGCAUACAAUCAACACUACGUCAUUUUAUUUGUAUCUAAUUCAUUUAAAGCUUUUCAUAUACUGGUUGUUCCUGUAAAUAAUAUGUAAUCAUUGAAAUGGACAAAGAAUACAUUGUUAAUCCGAACUAGCAGGUGAAACAGAAGGCUAAUCAUUUAGGAUGUUGCCUGAUUUGCAUUUGUUUAUUACCUUCCUCACAUGUAAAUUGAGAAUGGUUUAGUGGAUAGUUGUCCUGUCCUUCUCUCUUGUGUAAUCCGCGGAGAGGGCUUGUUUUCUUUAUUAGAUACAUAUUUAUUAUGUGUGACUCCACUUCUCAAAUCUCAGGUAUGAGAAAGGAACCUACACUCCCCUACAACUGUAGUCUGGAUUUGGACAUCUGUUAGUGCAUCUAAUAAGGUGUUAUUUGGUCUAUGUUUGUUCUUUCAUAAUGUUCAGUGUAUUUCAGACGGGACCAUAAACCACACACACUUGUCAUGCUUGCCUUGUAUCACAGUGCAACCUUUGCCUUUCAAGAAAUGCAGAGAUCAUGUCUGCAUCACAAAAACUUAAGUGCACGCUUGUGAUCUUGUACAUUACUGGAAAGUGAGCUUUAGGAAUUGGUUGCCCUUUUUUUGAUACAUCCAUUUUCCACAUCCUAGAGAUGAGAAAAAUCGGAUCAAAUUUGUAAAUGCUGAUCCGGUCUUUUUGGAAUUUGUUUCACGGCUGCUGAGUUAGGACACAUUUAAAUGUCAAUGCAAGGAUUCAAGAGUCUUUAAAGUAUACAAAAAUUGAACAAAAUCUGGAUAAAUACCUCAUUGUUGCCCAUUUUCACUGCCUGGUGGCAUAAUAUAGUUUCCAGGGCACUGCUUUUCAGAGAUCUGGUAAUGAUCUUGUCAUGGGGCUUGGUAUGGUUUGACAUUUCCCAAAAGCAAAGUUGUCUUUUCAAGCUGCAACAUGUGUUGUAGGUCAUACAAACUAGCUGUUUUCUCUGAGUACCAAAGGGUCAUACCCGAUGGGUAAAAUAAUUGAGAAACUAACCUCCAAUGUUGCUGAUAGGAAGUUAUCCAUAUGAAUACCUAUGUUGGUGUUGAAGAUAUGUUAGAAAUUUUUGUACAGACGUCUUUGCUAACACUCUCAAUGUGCCCUUAUUGCUGUGUAACUAGCAGUAAUAACUGUAUUAACAAAUGGCGUAGUAUUCACUAUAAAAUGAUAUUGUAGAAUAAUCUGUCAUUACACAAUCCAUUUGUGUAAUGUGAAUAAAUAAUAUCUUGCAUAAUUAUUAAUCUCUUGUUCCACUCUGUAACUGUUUGGUAAUUGCAUAUUUGAAAGUCAGCUGUUUAUUACCAUGUUAACGCCAAAAUGUGGCGUUGUUACACAGGAUCUACUAUCAACUCCAUGGUAAUACCAGUGUUGACACCAUCUUGAUUUAAUGAUUUAAAGCCAAGGACCUAGUCGUUCAAAUUCCUAUGUGACCACGUUUUUUCAUUUCACUUUAAUAUAUGGGCCAACUAGUUCAGAUAUACUGUGCCCCUUCACAAUUGUUGUUAAACGGUCCUAUUUAUAUCAGUAUGGUUUUAACACUGCUAUUACCUGUGCAGUUGAAGGUUGCAGCCCCAUGUAUUUAACAAGGUCAAAUUCGGUAUAUGAUAUAAAAAUGGUAAUUAACAGGUGACUUAUUUAGAAUGUGUUGUUACAAAUAUACAUAGUGGAACAAAAGCAAGUAAUUGUGUCUGAAGUGACACAUUCCUUGUUCAAAUUGAGUAAUAACUAAUUCCAUAUCACCACUUUGUUAAUAGUUAUUACUGUUAUUCACAUAGUAUUUAGGGCAAUUUAAGUGUUACCAAGUCUUCUUUUCAUAGGAGUAUUUGGUCUGAGGAAAACCGUGAUUUUGUUAUUGCACGUCUACUUAGGCUAUGUACUUCCGGUUUGCUUGUCCAAUGGUUUACAAAGUCUUACAGUAAGGACCGAUCAGUUAAUAUGCAUCAGUAACUGUGCUUGAGCAGUUAAGGCUUCGCAGACAAUCUUCCUGCUAGCCGAUUUAUCCUAAUAUCUUACUCAAUUGCAGAGAUACAUGGGAUACAUAGCAUUGUAUCUCCACAACACAUUGCUAGUUAUUAACUUUCGGUAACUUCAAGCAUGUACAGUAGUGUUUCUUACAGUUGUCUAAUAGCUAGUCAUUCUGCAUAGGGAAUGAGUUAUGCCUGUCUCAGUCUCUUUUACCAAAUGUAAGUAUCUCACUUUCACAGCUUUUUCUACAUUCCAAACUAUCUGGAUAGGUUUAUCGCCAAAGAUCAUUUCUUUCCCAGUUCAAUCUGCUGCCUUUCUCCUUCCUCUACCUAUAAAAAAAAGUACUCUUGUGAUUGUUUUCUGACGUGAGAAUCUAUUUUAGAUUAACCUUUUUUCUCUUUUUUCAUUAAUCUUUAUUGUAUAUGUAACUAAAGAACGUGUGCUCACGUGGGACAUUUUUUAUGUUCAACUGUUGAGUAUACGGUUUAUCUCUGGAGGUGUUUUCCUAUAUGUAGAGCUAUAGUUAAAUCACUUAGACUAUCGUUUUCAUUUGGUCAAGUUGGUUUAACAUUUCCAAAUGUAAAACUAACUAAAAUGGGUAAACAAAAACGUGUUCCCGCUAGUCAUUUGUUUAUUGGAGAAACACGCUCACGUUCAACACAUCUACGAUUAUCAAGAAACAUACCUUGUUACCCAUACUUCAUAUUAUUGUCGCUUUGGUCUUCCAACAACAUGCAGAAGGACGUUAGCUGUGCUUACAGAUGUGAAUAGGCUGUAUAAUGUAGGCUAUAUACCCGGUAGCCCCAAUCUACUUCACAUGCUCCCAUAAAUGCUAUGCUACUCAGAAUGUUGCAAAGAUAUCAUGUUGGGCAUGGUAGCCAUGUCAAAUGUUUGCAGUAAAAAAAAAAAAAAUUAUACCGCGCGACUAUUUUUUUUUUCUGUGUUAGGUCUGUGGCUGUUCUUAGCCGCUUAGAAGCGCACCACCGCACGAAUGGAAUCUGACUAAUAACACCCUGUUUGAGGGAGACGGUACGACAUUUAGUGUGCCUAAUUGAACGAAACAAACUGCACCAAAUCAAUUUGUUGUGAAUUCCCCCAACAAUCUACUUUAUCCAAUUCUUCCUGUCUGAACUUAUGUGCUUGUUCUUUUGAAAAUGUUUAAAGACAACUGUAAACUGAA